UGCGUAUAGUGAGUAGUAUGAUCAUUCAAGUUCAGGUUAUGAAUUGUGAAGUAAAGUGUUGUUUAGUUGUUUACGGAUAUUAGAUUUGUUAUCGAUGCUCUGAUUGUGCGAACGAUUGCAAAAUCCUACUAGGGGCGAUUUUUUUAUACAAAAAUGGCUUCCAACGAUGGUAUUCCACCACCUGCCGUAACAGGAUUUUCAUCGCCAAGUAUCGCACCUAGCUUUGUGCCACCUAUUAUGCCUGCGGCACCUUUUAUUCCUCCUCCCAGUCUACCGCCAGGUCCUCCGGGUAUAAUGCCGCCUCAGUUUUCUAUACCUCCGCCAGGUUUUACUUUUCCCAUUACUGCUGCACCUUCUCCAGAGGCUGGAGUCAUAGCUGCAUCACCACAGAUAACAGCACCGGGGAUUCCUCCUCCUUCGCCUAUCACCAAUGACACCACCACCUCGACGAUGUCCAUUUCCACAUCAGAGAAGAAGAGCGACUGGAGUGAACACAAAGCACCGGAUGGCAGAACAUAUUACUAUAAUAGUAUUACGAAGCAAUCGUUGUGGGAGAAACCGGACGAAUUGAAGACCCCGAGUGAAUUGUUAUUGUCGCAGUGUCCUUGGAAGGAAUAUAAAUCGGAAAACGGCAAAAUAUAUUAUCACAAUGUAACGACUAAGGAAUCCAGAUGGACAAUACCACCGGAAUUGGAAGAAUUGAAAACUCGAAUCCUGGCCGAGGAAGCUGCAGCGGCCGCCGCUGCCGCUGUAGCAAGUACCACAAAUUCCAAUAUAGUUCCUGUAGCCAUGCAACAUUUAUCACCAAAUAUCACGACUAUAUCACAGACUAGUACACCAGAACCAGGUGGAAAAUCUGCCAUCGAGCAAGCGAUGGCCGCAACCCUUGCGGCGAUUAAUAUUCCGACACCACCUACAAAGCCAGAUGAAGAUAGCAAUUCCGCAAUGGGAUCGGCUAAUGAUAGUCGUACCAGCACUCCUGAGCCAAAAAUGCAAUUUAAAGAUAAAAAGGAAGCAAUUGAGGCAUUUAAAGAAUUAUUAAAGGAAAGGGACGUUCCAUCAAAUGCUACGUGGGAGCAGGCGGUUAAAUUGAUUCAGAAUGAUCCUAGAUAUCCACAGAUGAAGAAAUUGAAUGAACGUAAACAGGUCUUCAAUUCGUACAAGACACAAAAACUAAAAGAAGAGCGUGAACAAGAGAGACUCAGAUUGAAAAAGGCAAAGGAAGAUCUGGAGCAAUUUUUAUUGGAAAACGAUAGAAUGAUGAGUACAACCAAGUAUUACAAGUGCGAAGAGCUGUUUGGUAAUCUGGAGAUUUGGAGAGCUGUCGGGGAUUCAGAUCGUCGAGACAUUUACGAGGAUGUCAUCUUCAAUCUGGCAAAACGUGAGAAAGAGGAAGCAAAACAAUUAAAGAAAAGGAAUACCAAAAGACUAGCGCAAGUUCUGGAUACUAUGACCGAGGUGACAUACAGGACUACAUGGCAGGAAGCUCAGGCACUGUUGCUACAGCAUCCUGCAUUUGCAGAAGAUGCAGACUUACUGGAGAUGGACAAGGAGGAUGCCUUGAUUGUCUUCGAGAAUCAUAUUCGCCAAUUGGAGAAGGACGAAGAAGAAGAGAAAGAAUGUGAGAAAAAACGUAGAAAACGACAGGAAAGGAAAAACAGAGAUGGUUUCAUAUAUUUACUUGAUGAACUUCACGAACAAGGUAAACUUACAUCAAUGUCGCUGUGGGUGGAGUUGUAUCCCAUGCUGUCCGCAGAUCUUCGAUUCUCGGCUAUGCUCGGACAAUCAGGUUCGACUCCAUUAGAUCUUUUCAAAUUCUACGUCGAAGACUUAAAGUCUCGAUUCCAUGAUGAGAAGAAGAUCAUUCGUGAGAUACUUAAAGACAAGAAUUUUGAAGUGCAAGUCAAUACGACUUUCGAGGAAUUCGCUACAGUCGUAUGCGAAGAUCGAAAGUCGGCCACUCUAGACGCGGGUAACGUUAAACUAACAUACAAUCUAUUAUUGGAAAAAGCAGAAGCUCGCGAAAAGGAACGUGUUAAGGAAGAAACGCGAAAGUUUAAGAAAUUGGAGACAGGUUUCAAAAAUUUACUCAAGACGUUGAAUGUGGACUAUCAAAUGACAUGGGAAGAUGUGAGGGCGAAAAUUGAGGAAGAACAAGAUUUCAAAGCGAUCACUUUGGAAAGUGAAAGAAUACGCAUAUUCAAGGAAUAUCAGCAUGAACUUGAAGAGAGUUGCAGUCAUCAUCAUAUUAGAAGCAAGAAGAAAAAGGCGAAAAAGUUGAAACGUAAAUCACGAUCGCGUUCGCACAGCGAAUCGGAAGGUAGUGACAAAGGUAUGAAGAGAAAACGGCAUAAGUCACGUUCACCCAGUAUUCUCAGCAAGUCCGACAGUUCUGAAUCGGAAACGAGGAAAUCUAAGAGAAAGAAAAACAAACGGAAGAGAGGUCGCAGUCAUUCUCGCUCUCAUUCGAGACUUGCAUCUUCCGAGGAAGCUUCUCCAGAAAGGAAACGGAAAGAAGAAAAGCAUAGGAGACCCUCUAUUCACAGUGAGGGAUCUGUCACGGAAAAUAAUGAGCAUCAUGAACUUUCUGAAGAUGAAUUAGAAAAACAACGGGCGCAACUCUUGCGCGAGCUUCAAAUGCAACAAGAGGAAAAUUAAAAACUAUGUCAAGCCUUGUUGUGUUUCAAGAAGAAAAGGGGCAGAAAAAAAGAGAACACAAAAAAGAUAAUGUCCUUUCUGAAAUUUAAAAUUAGAAAUCGUUUAUCUUUUUGUUUAAUGUUCUCGUAUUGAAUUAAAUGACGAUUAUCUUUUUUUAAAAAUAUGUUCUUCGCUACACUGACAUCUUUAUUAUUUUAGAAAAUGGUAAUAUAUUAAAAUCGAGAAUUUAACAUAUCUAAAAUAACGAGUCGAGUCAUGUUUGUUUUUAAGAAGAAUCAUAAAUCUGAAAUUCGCGCUUUAUAUAUAUAUAUAACGUGGAUAUUUGCAUAAAAAUAGAUUACAUUACAUAACGCAUUCCGAUCUUCUACAGCACACAUGAUAUUUUCUAAAGAUGUAUCACCUGUCUUAUUCUUUUUAUUUUUUAUGAUUUGGUGUUCGUGCAUUAUUCUUUGUGAUUAGAAGUAACGAUGCGCGACAAAUGGGAAAUAUAAUAUUAAUCUAUCUCUGACGUUACUAAAAUACAAUAGCUUACAAAUUUUCUUCUCGGCAUUAUCGGUUUGCGUUAGCGUGUAAAUUGACUUCUCUACACUACACUAAGAUUAAUAAAGUUUGCCAUUACAUAAUGUAA